UGUAAAUAGUUAAGUCGGUUAAUCAACGAGAAUCCUCUCAAAUAAAUUAAGUGUUUAAUCUAUGGAGAAUCCUUUGACCGUUAUAAAAGACCUUGAUUUUUUUUCUUUUUUUGCCAAAAUGGGGACAUGCACAAAUCCAAUAAAUACGGAAAUGGCUUCGAGAAGCUAAAAUUCAAUUACAGACAAUAGUUGUUUAAUUUUAAAUAAUAUCUUUAAUUUUUGUGUAUUAAAUAAAUAAAAAAUAUCGCGCCUCGUAAAAUAGGGCCAAUGUUUACAAAAGAGAUUUAAUUGUAUCCUUAAAUGAGUAUGUAAUAAUAUUAGAAUAAUAAUGUUAUUAAAAAAUAAAGAGGAUCGAAAAUUAUGUUUUCAUUUUCCAAAGUGAUUUUUACGUAAACAUGGCAAGGGACGGUGAUGUUCCCACGAUUUUUAAUCCAAAACGCGUACGUGCGCCUUCGGUGAUAAUAACCAGUGAAGAAGUGGUAGAAAGCGAAAGAAAUUGCGUUGAUGGAGAUAGAGAAAGGCCAAACGGACCGCCGACGCCGCUCAGCCCUCGUGUUCCAUUGACGCCACAGGCCUCCGUUUGUUCGGCGCCUCCGCUAACAACUCAACCUUCACUACAACAAGCUUACAGCGAGUCAGCUACUAGUAGUCAAGACGAAGAGCGCCAGCUUCGUGAUAAAAAGUGCCCACGUUCGUGUUGCUCCAAGUUUGCUAAAAAAAUCUACUAUGGCAUAUGUGUGAUGCUGACGCUAACUACAUCAUGGGUGACAACAACACAUUGUAUCAAACAUUUGUACCUAGAGGAAUAUCCUUAUAGUGGCUAUUUUUCUACUUAUACUACCGAAGCAGCCACAAUCGUACUCCAUAACAAUAGCACAGAUAAAUUACAUAAUAACCUUUAUAAAGCACCAUUCUUCACAGCCUGGUUUUGCACAAACUGGUUGAUAUUUUUCUAUCCUCUGUACAUCAUUGUGAUGCUCAUACAUAAUAAAUGUAAAUCUGCAAAUGAUGUUGUGUUUGAUGCAUUCAGCGAUUUCAAGGAGAAAGGAUUCACUUUUGCAAGAUUUAUUAGCCGCUGCGGACUCUUCUGUCUGUUGUGGGUGGUCACCAUCUACAUGUAUACAUACUCCCUGAAGAUCCUGUUGUCCACUGAUGUAGUUGCACUGUUUGCUACCAAUGUGUCUUGCAUCUAUCUGCUGUCCUGGGUGAUAUUGCAUGAGCAGUUUGUCGGUGUCAGGAUUGUAGCCGCGAUACUGUGUGACACCGGUAUCGCUCUACUGGCGUACAUGGACGGCAUCACCGGGAGCUCCACCCUCGGCGGGGUCGUGCUCGCCGCGUGUGCUGCUGCAGGAUUCGCCAUCUUCAAGGUGCUGUUCAGGAAGGUAAUGGGCGAAGUGAACAAUGGUCAACGUGCGUUGUUCUUCUCGAUUCUGGGCAUAGUGAACGCCUCGUUGCUGUGGCCCGUGUGCUUAGCCCUCUACCUCACCGGUACGGAGACCUUACCCUCGCAUCGGAUGCCGUGGAUAUACCUGCUGGUUGCGAGCUUCGCUUUACUCGUUUUCCAUUUGGUAUUCCAGUUCGGAAACAUAAUAACUUACAAUAUAUUCGUUUCGCUCGCACUCAUCACAGCGGUACCUGUCUCGGCGGCGCUCGACGUGGUGCUGUACGGGGUCGAGUUCGAAGGUAUGAAGCUGGCCGGGAUCGUGCUCAUCGUUGUGGGCUUCUUCCUCGUCAUGCUCCCGGACAACUGGCCCGAUUACAUCAUGAGGCUCUUGAGAUGGUCCCGGCGGCGCCAGCGCGGAGGAGGCGGCUCGUCCCGCGGGCGCGACGCCACCGACUACCGCACCGGGUACAUCCGCUCGCACCUGCGCUCGCCGUCCGGCCGCGUGCGGUGACCGCCCUGCCGCCCCCCGCCCCCGCCCCCGCACCUACCGUCCACGACAGACGUGCGCUUAGAAGGUAGUAGUCGCUAACCAAGAUAGUUCAACUCGGGGCGUAUGAUCUUUUUAAUAUGUUUAUUAUAAUCGACGCUUGAAAGGCAAACGUGACUAAUCGACAAUAACUGUUUUGCACAUAAUAGGCAAUAACUAUAUUCUAUGCGCAAAAAAAUACAUUUCCAGAUCUAUUAAAACCAUUUCAAUCCUACAGCUAGAUUCGUUAAAAUAUUAUUUUUUUCAGGUAUUUCAACUUUAAAUUAGUCUACUGUAAAGUUAACGCGUUGUCGCUUAGUCACGUUUGCCUUUCGAGCGUCGAUAUAUACUUCUCCCGUACACAACAACCGGAGCUUCGGCUACUUUAAUGUUUUUAACCGCAAGAAUUGAAGUUUAGACUUGGUGCACGUUAAUGAAGUGAAACUUCUUUUUUGAUGUGUAGUGUGAUUGUGGUUUUCUUCAUUUUUCAUCCUUAAAUCAAAUUGCCCUUGUAAUAGGGAAUGUUGUGUAUAAGAGAUGCGACAUUUAUACGAGUAUUAUAUAUAUUUUAAAUUAUAGAUAGAAAAAUAAAUGAUAAUAUUUUAAAUACUUCAUUAAAAUAUUGGACGCUACUCGUUGCUAACGCUCGCGCUGUAGCAGGUAUACUACGCGCGUGCGUUCGAGUGCCACGCAUUCCCUCUCGCUCUGUCUCUUUCUAUUCCCCCUCCCCAGGAGCGUUAAACGUUUAACGCAACCUUGUUGGAAGUCGCAUUAGAAGUUUCACUUCAAAAAGCAGUGUUUGAAAUUUAAAAACUACCAGUGAUAUUUUCGUAAUGCGUAAGUCGAUAAUAACCUCACUUAUGUUUACUCCGAACGUGUACCGGGUACGGGAGAAGCCUUAUGCAAACUCUGCGGCAGACAUAAAACUGUUUAUAAUCAUUGUCACAUCUUUUAAGUUCACUCAUAAUAUCUUGUCGAUCAGUUAUUAGAAAGAAUGGUUAAUAAAACGCGAUAAACCGUUAAUCUUUAGCAACCAGCGUUUCUCUUCUAUCUACCGAAGUAAUUACGCUGGUUUGUAGGGUAGAAUUAAUUGAGGCUUUGAUCUCAUGUAGAAAAGUGGAUGGUGGAAAGAAAAGGCACAAUAAUAGCAUAAAGUUAAACGUCGAUGUAACAUUUAGAAUAGCAUUCGUAGUGAAAAUCGCCGUCGGUGGUGUAGAGUGAGCUGCAGAAGUGCAUGGAUAUCAGAGUUAAGAAAAUCGUAUGAACCUAUAAGUAACGCCAUCUAUCGACUCUGAUAGCUACAUUGUACCUACAUUCUUAAUCUACUAGAUGGCGUUGUAAUAUUUUACAAUAUCAACAAAAAUCGUAUUGUUGAUUAAUUUACACAAUUGGUAUUUUUUUUAACAUCAACUAGAAAUUUUCUAUAAAAAUAAUAAUACAUAAUUGUAUGUCAGAGUGUUCGAACAUAACUGUUUAAGUCACGACUUAAAAAACAUGUGUCUCAUUUGCUUGUCUAUGAUCGUAUUGUUCAAUCGUCGAAAUAUAACAUUACUUUAAUGUCAUUAUUUUUCCACAAUGAUUGCAGUACAGAGUAAAUAUAAAAAAUAAUUAAAUGUUAUAAUAAUAUCAUUUAGACGAAAAUUAUAUUUUGUAGGGUUAAUUAUAAAAUAUGACUGUUUAAUAAAAAAACUGUUAUUAAGCUUAAUAAAAACAAUUACAAUUAAUACCGGGUCGUUGUCUACUACGCGUGUAGGAAUUAAAACACCAACGCCAUCUAGUUUAUUUUUAUUGAAAUGAGGUGUGGAAUUAUCUUAAAAUAAAAAUUAAGGUAUCAAUGCAAUUCUGUAGCUGACCGUAUGUAAUAAUAGCGAACAGGAAGUUGUGGAGCGGAAUAACAAUAAAAAUAUUUAAAAUUAAAAAAUAUUUUUCCGUAUUGUGUACUUAGACUUGAAAAUGUAUAAGUCAUGACAGCGAGGUUCCCCUGUCUAUUUCUUCUUGAAAAUUUCAUGUUUCAUAAGUAAUUCAUAAUGAUACUUCUUCUAUUUCACCUUUAUUCUUCUUAAUAAAUCUAUCUCACGCUAUAUUCAUUAAUACGAUUUCUCCUGUAUAGAUAAUGUGAUUUUUCACUAAUAAGUAUUAAUAAUAUUAGUGUAAGUUAGGAAGUUAAAACGGACUGAAGUUUAAGUAUUGCCGUUUUUUUUCGAGAUUAUGUAUUAAAUUUUUGAACAUAUGUUGAAUGUUUAAACAUGUUAUAUCGGUUGUUUGAAUAAAAUGUCAGUCUUGAGAAUCAAUGACAUCAACCCAACGGCUUUAUAUAUUUUGUGAAUUAAUAUUACUUACUAAACGACGAUUACAUUAAAUUAACAGCUGAUAGUGAAUUGAUAUUAUUUUAAAUCAUAUUUAUUAGUACUACUAAUUGAUGUAUAAUCGAUUAAAAUGGCAAUACUUGUUUGAUUUCAUGUCGUAAUACCAUACCAGUGACCUCAAUAUAUUAAUAAAGGUAUGAAAUUCAUCUACAGACCGACUACUGCGGCUGAAGUAUUUGGUACUUAUUCAAAUGUAUGAUGUUUCAUUGUUAGAUAUUAAUAUGAAAGCUCAUACAUUUCAAACUUUUACAAUAUAAAAAAGGGUCAUGUUUUGUUAAACGAUCUAGUCGAAUCUUAGUCAGGGUAAGUAACAUUAACAUCUCAAUUAUGACGUCAUUAAUCGAUUCGAUAAUCGAUAUGUUUCUCUAGCGAACAUCUCUAGUUCGUUUUCUACUCUCUACUAUUUAGCAAGCUUUCUAGACUAUAAUCUUGCUCAGUUUUGACUAAUAUCAAUUAUUACAGAUCAAACCCCAUAUAUAAUAUUUAAUAAUCCAUUGGAAUGCCGUGGGUAAUUAUAAAUUCACAAAUAGUUGAUUAAAACGAUUGUAAUGUGUCGUAUGUUUUAGAAAUUAAUUUUACGAUAACGUAUGAUUGUUGAAGUUAUUACAUAAGUUGUCCAUGGCUAUAGACGGUCAGAUAGACAGCCUGUGCCAAUCAGCAAAAAAAAAAAUGUUGCCAGUUAUAAAAAAACGACAAGACUAAGAGUGGGGUUUGAUCGCUAAUUUUUACGUAAGUAUUAAGACCGCCCCAAUGUAUUGAUUAAGUUUUUUCUUUAAAUAGUGUAGCACUUUCUUGAUACCUAUUGUCAGAUAGAUAUAAGCGAACCCAACGUAGUGUAGUUGUUUAGACAAUUGUCAUGGCAGAUCCGUAUUCGGAUGCUUUAUUUAAAUCAUGUAAUUUGUUGAAUGUGUUAUUUAUAUUAUUCGUUCACGUUUUAUUGUUGUUUUUUUGAUAAAUUCUAUCAACAAGCUCACUUCAAUGUUUUCGAUUAUACUUUCUGUUAACGUAAUUAAAGUUUCAUAUUGAAAGUUAUCAUACUGAAAGUUUUUUAAACUGUGGCCUUGAUUUUCAAUCAUUGCUGUGUUAAUAAUUUGGAAGUUUAUGAAAUCAUUCUCGAGUUACAGGUGUUUGUAAUGUUUCAAUGAAUCUAACUAAGAUUAUUAUUCUGUAAUAGUCUUUGGCAAUAAUAUUAAAGGAAAGGCGGCACCAAACAUUUUAUUAGAAAUAAAAUCAAUAGAUAAAAAUCAUGCACGAUUUUCUAAACUUUCUAAGACGUAAUACGUGAACGAAGAAUCUUACAUUCUCUUAUAAUAUAAUAUAUAUCUUGAGGUGUGAAAGAUUAUUUGGUUUUAAGCGAUAUUUACCUUUGUAAUUAAAGGUGCGUUUAUUUUGUUAUUAACAUCAACAGUUCUAUGUUUUUAAUUGAACUUCAAUUAAGUUUACUCCAUUGAACAGUUGAAGAAGUUUUUUUGUUAUGAGCUUCUAAUCUGUGAUGAGCCAUUCGAGGUUUUGAGGAACGUUGCAAGGUACGUCGCGAUAUACAGGGUGAUUUUUUAAGAGUUACGUUUUUCAGGUUGGCAGCACUGGUUAAUGGCGCCCAAACGUCAUCUGUCAAAGUGAAAAAAUUUCAGUCACUAUACUCUGCCAUUUCAUUAUGGAAAGACUAACAAACGAGCAACGAUUGGAAAUUGUUGAAAUUUAUUAUUAAAAUUCGUGCUCUGUGAUAUAUGUGCAUCGUUUGUAACGAUCAUAAUUUAAAAAAAACUACGCUUCAUAAAUCACACAUUACCUUGACUUGACAGUUCAUUUACUCCACUCCGGUGAGGAAAAUUGAAAUCAAGGGGCGUUUGGGUGGAGGUUAUUUUUUCGAUCAAGCAUACCAAAACGCGCGUUGGAGGUUGAGUCGAGUCGAGUUAAACUCGUGUGAUAUGAGGAUUAAACUCUAAAUAGUUCUCAUGUAAAGUUGCAAAAAUGUCGCUUAAACCUAAUAGUCUUUCACCUCUCAAUAUAUAAACGAAGACGUUAACCAUUCCAAUGGUUUGUUUGUAGUUACGUGCCUUUACAAUGUUAAUGUAUUAGACGUUGUUCGGUAAUUUAUUGUUAUUCGUUGAUAGUUCUGAAACGUGUGUUGGACUAAGUUUUUUCUACUCAAUUUCGGCUGGGAAAUGUACACUUCGUUUUAAUUUGACGUUCUCAAGGAUUAUGAAAACAGUACAGUAGGUAAUAAAUUAAUUGGCUGGUUUAAUCUGAUACAAAGCAGCAGUUUGUUCCAUCGUCAAGUGCCACGUGGCCACGACGACCGUAGGAGGCGUAGGAGGUUAGCCUCCUGCUCCCAAAAAAAGGGAAUUUGCUAUGCAAUGUGAAACAUAUCGCAAGGCAAUAAAAUUUAUAAAGAUAGUAAUCAUAUAGUCUGUGCAGUCGGUACAGAUUAGACCGAAUUCAAAAUGGCGCUCAAUCAAAAAGAGACAUAAACAAAUAUAAAUUAGAUUUCGGUUAAAUUAUUAUUUCGGCAAGCGCAUACUGUGCGUAUGAUUAAAAAAAAUGUAAAACAUAUAAUAAUCAUAAAUACCUAUCAUAUAACAUUUUCUACACGAGCAAGUAACGAAAAUAGAGAUUGCACAGCUUUUCAGGAAAUAUUUGGUGCUGGCCACAUUUAAUAGAGAUGCGAAUUUUACAUCCAUUUAUUAUGAAAUAUAAUAAAAUACAAUCAAUUAUAUUUUUUUCACAGUAAUCGAACCCAAACAACUCAUACAAGUUAAAUAAUGAAGUCAAAUGGAAUCCAGUAUAAACAUUCAUAAUUUAGAACGAAGUGUACAUAACCCAAAGCGGAAUCAAAAUGAUACUAUAACGGACUCAAUGUCAUUUUAGUGAUAGAUGUUUUGUCACUAAAUAUUAAUUUAUCGUCUAGUCACUUUGUAAUCUCAAUAUUUUUAUUAAAUAAAAAACAAUAAAUGUAUGACAAAUGUAAUUUAGAAAGGAUAAAAAAAAAUCGUGUAUUUUUUUUUGUUACUAAACAUUUAUUGUUCGUUUAAUUGUAACGUUUUUAAAGACUGAAUUAAAUGAAAGUGUUGAGUAAAUAUUCAAUUACAGUCAUUGAUAGUGGUUAGUUGUGAUUUAUAGAUUUGUGUAGCAGGUUAGCGCUGACGUCACCUGUUCGGAACGGUUAGAGAGCGAUGGAUAGUAAUUCCAUUUUCCAUUGGUUUAUCAUGAGUCUUAUUUAUAGUUUAGGGUUAGCCCAGUUGUUGUAAAUGAAAGUCGUUAUUAACUCACGCACUUGUAUAUUUACAGAAUAUACAGUAGGUACAUACAGUUUUAUUAUAGCUAUCUAAGUGGAACUGUGUUCGCCUGGACUGUCGUCAACAAUGCGUGGAAUGGUGAAGAUGACACCUUGCAUUACGUAGCCAGGUAACACGCCACGUACGUUAUUAAGGAUGUGUGUAUGACCCUACAUAUAGUAUUUGAAGAAUUCUACCGGCGUUGAUUUCUUUCGUUUUGAAAUACACAAAUUUUUGAAUAACUGCGUUCGUGAUUGCAGAUUGUGGUUUAAUUUGUUCGAAUUUGUAAAUCAUUGCUUAUUGGUGGUAGAGUGCCUUUGGAGACCGCACGGGUAGGUAUCAUCGUCUCGCCUAUUUCUGCCGUGAAACAGUAUUGACUUUCGGUUUGAAGGGUGGAGCAGCCGUUGUACUAUACUGAGAACUUAGUACUCAUAUUAUCUCAAGGUGGGUGAUGGCAUUUACGUUGUAGAUGUCUAUGGGCUCCGGUAACCACUUAACACCAGGUGGGCUGUUAAGUGUCAACGCAGUUAACGCAUUACUGCUUCACGGCAGAAAUAUGCAGGGUGGUGGUGCCUACCCGCGCGGACUCACAAGAGGUCCUACUACCAAUAAGAUGAAAGCAUCGCAUAUAUUUAGUAUUCCGUUCCGCACAGGCUGUCGUUCAGCCCUAGUUUCACUCAACGUCUAGCGAUUAGUUCACGGGUACGUUUAGAAGUAAUCUAGAAUUCGAGUGUAUGUGAUUACGUGUACCUAAUUUAUAUUAAUCGAGUGUAGCGAACACAAAUGACACCUUGAACCCCUGUGAUUCGUUUUGUUAAUUACGUAGAUUUAAUUGUUGGUCAUUGUAUUAAAUAUUUGAAAUAAA